AUCGUUGACAGCAUCAUCCAUUUGUCAGUGCCUGAAUUUCUGAAUUUAGCAUGGACAGGGCGCCAAAUGUCUCCAGGACUUGUGUACUACUAGAACAGUUCUAGAUAGUAGUAUUGUGGUGAAUGGCAUCAACUCUACAACAAAAACAAUUUCGAGUCGGUCUACAACUGCUUUAAACAGUAAGAAAGUAAACAAAAAUACUUUACUUGAGCCCACCACCAAAAAUACAACUCCCAAUCUGCAAGCAACAACCCCAACCCAUCUCAAAACACAACAAACACCAUGUCCACACCCUCACCACCCCGCCGCAUCGUCGGCGUAUCAACAAAGAUGUACUUCUCCGCCGCCCGCACCUCCUCUUACAUCACCAGCCUCCUCUCCCUGCUGCCUUCCGUCCCCUCAAACACCGACGUCUUCGUCAUCCCGGACCACGUCACCCUGCUCCCCUCCAUCCAGCAGCUCCGCGCCGCCUCCUCCCCGAUCCUCCCGGGCGCCCAGGACUGCUACUCGGAAGACGCCGGCGCGUACACGGGCGAGGUGUCCCCCGCCGUGCUGGCCGAGGUGGGCUGCCGCAUCGUCGAGCUGGGCCACGCGGAGCGCCGGCGGCUCUUUGCCGAGACCGACGCUAGCACCGCCGCCAAGGCCGCCGCCGUCGUGCGCAACGGCAUGAUCCCGCUCGUGUGCGUCGGCGAGACCGCGCGCCAGGCUGAAAUCUCGGCCGCCGUGGCCGACGUCGCCGGCCAGGUCCAGGCCGUCAUGGCCGCGGUCCCCGGCAGCGCAGAGGUCGUGCUCGCCUACGAGCCCGUCUGGGCCAUCGGGGCCGCGCAGCCCGCCGCGGCAGAGUACGUGGUCUCGGUGGCGCGCGGGAUCCGGGAGCUGGAGUGCGUGCGGGCCAGGGAGGGCACGGUCAGGAUACUGUACGGUGGGAGCGCCGGGCCGGGACUGUUUGAGAAGCUCAAAGAUGGGGUGGACGGGCUGUUCCUGGGCAGGUUCGCGCACGACCCGGAGCAGUUUGUCCGGACGAUUCGGGAAGUGUCCGAGGCUUGAUUUUGGGCGUGGGCGGAUACCAAUUGGAACCUCGGUUUGUCCUUGUUCUUAUACCGAUGAAAAAGAAAAGGUGAAACACGGACAGGAUGCGGGAUUCCCCUUCCUGAGCGGGCCCGAUCCCGCACCCUGCUGAAAAAAAAAAAAAAAAAAAAAAAAACAUCAGCGUCCAUUGCGCAUAUAACGGUCUUGGCAGCUCUCGGGGGCCGGUGGUCUGGGCGCAAGCCUUGCCGACGCCUGCAGCCGGAGGCCACAGGUCCCAUAAUUAUGGGCUUAAACUUGCGAAUAGAGCAAGCAGCUGAAACCUGGAUGUUGGUCGGGUUUUUAUGGCCGCUCCGAGAAGCUGCCAUGGGGCGGGCAGUGCACUGCAGACCGCAACCUGCAGCACGAAUUGCAAAUGGAAUAAUGAGACUUGCUACUCGUCGGUCUCUUGGUACUGCUUCUGAACAGCCAGGGGUCAAGUUUGCAAGAACGAGGGUAUACGGUGGUGGGAAGUUGCUUGGUUGAGAUGCAGCAAAGGCUUGGGACAUCUGACAGAAAUCUGAGCAGGAACGUCGACACAGUUGAGAUGUACAACUUGUAGGAUUGAUCUAUCACAAGGGAACCACUCCAAGACAAGACAGCAAACCACCCAUGACCAAAAUCAUGCAGAACCCUCGUACGAACCAACAAGCAAAAGAAGAAGAAGAAAAAACCGUCCUACUCCCACCGCACCCUGACCACAGGUGUGGUGUAGACGUUCAAAAACACCUCGGCGUUCACAUAAACCACAUCGUUCUUGGUGUACGAGAGGACCAUCUCCUCGCCGUUCCAGUCCCCACCACCACCGGCGUCGCCCAGCACCACACCGGGGUGCGCCUGGAGGCUGUAGGCGCUCAGCGAGUAGUUGCCGCCGACGCCCUUGUAGAACAUGACGGGCUUGUCCCAGGGGCCCUCGGGCGCGGGGGCGGUGGUGAUGUAAAAGUCGGGGGCGACGUUGAAGCCGGCCUGGCCGACCCAGACGUAGCGGCGCCAGCGGUCGGACCAAAAGUAGGUCCCCUGCCCGCCGGCGGACGCGUUGGGGAUCUCGCAGCAGCCCGUCUUCUCGACGGCGUCGGGCGGCGGCUUCACGUCGGUCCACCGCCCCAGCGUAAAGUACUCGUACGUC